GUUCGUUUGACUUCCCUUCCUUAGAGUUUACAAGUAUCGAAAGGCAGAGCUAGUUUCUUUUUUUGGAUUACUACUGGUAGAGUCGACCGUUAAAGAUUCAGUGAUUGCUGGACUGACUUGUUACUGCUUUUGACUAUUACGUGUUUGUAAUCAAUACUAACUAUCUCUGUUUUGUGAAAAUUUGAUCUCUUUUAAGGUAAAAAAUAAAGGGUCCAGAUUUUUAGUUUUGUUAGGUAUGGAUGAUUUUUCAAAUGGCUUAGUGGUGGGGGGGAUUAGAGCCACACGAGAGGAGUGGUGUUGGGAAAGGGAUUAGAACACUAUGUGGUUUGACUUUUCCCAGAUAAUUUUCCAACUCUUGUGGUUAGAGUUGAAACACGUUUGAGGAUGGAAAGCUUUGUUACUGUAGGGUCAUUGUUUUUGUUGGUAAAGAUUUUUUUCUUUAAAAAGACUGCAAGUGGUGGUUUGAUAGAGUUCGGUCUUUCCUUUUUUCUUGUUUAGUGGAAAGCUUCUCUCUCUCCUUCUCUAUGUUGUUCUUUGUUUUGUCGGCCAUGUAACCGCUUAAUCUUGUCUUGAGCUUAGUAGUGGGAAGAGGGUGGGAUAUGACAAAAAGGACUAGAACUUGUUACAGAGGUCAUGUGUGGAUCAAUGUCAGAAAACUGGAUGCGUGGGGGACAAUUGCUUCCAGCACUGUAAAUUUUCAGCUGACGGAAAAGCCAUAGACGGUCCAUGGUACAUGCAAGAGCCACUUUACCUGCGUUGGAAACAAUGGGACUGCCAAAGUGAUUGCCAGUACGAAUGCAUGAUGACAAGAGAAGAAGAGAGGAAAAGAAACGGAGAGAAACCCACCAAGUACUUCGGUAAAUGGCCACUCAAACAUGUCUAUGGGAUUCAGGAACCUCUCUCCGUUGCUUUCUCUGCUCUUGACCUAGCGAUACAGUUCCAUGGAUGGGUCUCCUACUUCAUCCUCGUUUACUAUAACUUGCCUCUCCAGCCAAACCGGAAAACUUACUACGAGUACAACGGAUUGUUGCAUAUCUAUGCCAUCAUUGUAAUGAACUCACUCUUCUGGAGUGGUGUUUGUCACAGCAGAGAUGUUGCAUUGACAGAGAGGCUAGAUUACUCUUCAGCUACAGUGUUAGCCGGGUUUUCGCUUAUUCUAGCUAUAAUCAGGUCUUUUAGCAUACAUGAUAAAUCUGCAAAAGUCCUGGUUACUGUACCUAUUCUUGCAGUUGUAGCAACUCAUAUUCUCUACCUCAACUUCUACAACCUCGAUGAAGGGCUUCACAGGAAAGUUAUAUUCGGAAUAGGAGCAGUGGAGCUAGUGGUGUGGGGUGUAUGGGCGGCUUUAACGUCACAUCCAUCAAAGUGGAAGCUAAGAGCUUUCUUUGUCUCGAGCAUACUCACAAUGUGUCUUAGAAUGCUCGAUUUCCCACCGUACAAAGGGUAUGUUGAUGCUCAUGCUCUUUGGCGAGCUGCAGGGAUCCCUCUCUCUUACCUUUGGUGGAGUUUUGCCUGCGACGACGCCGUUUUCAGGACCACUGUUCUCCUCAAGAAGUCAAAGUGAUGGAAAGAAAAAUGAUUCAAGGCUCUCUUUUUUUUUAAAUCUUUUUUUUUUUCCGGUGAGGUGUUCUCCGGUGUUCAGAAAGUUGUUUUUAGGUUGUGUUUUCGCAGAAGAAGCAAAUGUUUUUGUGUUCUUCUGUGGUGAAUCUUGGUAGUGUUUUUUUGGGGGUCAUCUGCUCUGUUUUUCUUGUGUGUGUGUGUUUUUUGGGUCUUUUUCUUUUUUCUCUCCUGGCUUGUCGGCCGGAGAGUUUUACCGUCGGGGAGGAAUUGACCUUUGAUGAUCACCACUUUGUUUGCUUUUUUUUUUUCAUUUUGUGAUGAUGACUCUUAAAAAACUUUUUCAGUUUUCUCAA